AUGUCACUCGCCGCUGCCUGUAAGCUUUUCAUCUGCUUCAUUCCCUUACAUUUAGCUGCACCCAACAACCACUCAUUUCUUAGCAACGAUGCGCCACAUCAGCCAUUCUCCGAAACCAUCCCAGUCAUUUUUCCCGGAAGGAGCAGUUAUCUGUCUCGUCCAGAUGCGUCUUCCAGAAAUCUAGCAACAGAUAAGUCAGAUGCAGGAUUCGUCGAAAAUUUCAAAACUGAUCUUUCCAGUGUUGAAAAAACGCUUUGUCAUCGUCAGUUGGAACGGACCAUUGAAGAAUGGUUGAAAAUGGAUAUCGUCAGUUCUGGUCAAAGUUCAAACACCAAUGAGAACGUACCCACCCAGCAAGGUGUGAUGGACUUUGAAGCUGUGCUUUUCGCAGCCAGACCGGGUGCUGUCCAAGCUGCAGCUACAACUUCAGAUGUUUACAGUGACCAAUCAGAACUGUGGAAAUCGAGAUUUAGUAGAGAUACAUUUAAAGCUUUGAUUUCUAGAAACGCUCAAUCCAGUGGGCUACAGGCGGCUGCUGAUUUGGAGCAGCUGGAACACAUCCAGCAGGAGCCCAUCGCUUCCCGCGGCACGGCAGCGCUACGCAGCAAUCCACUUUUUACCUACGUUGCAGCACAGCUUCCUUCAGAUCCAGUGGAUUCAUCCAGAAAUAAUCGUGUGUCGGGAGAUUUCUCUUCGAUUUCUUCCACUCAGGUUAACAGUAAAUCAAUUUCAACACUUCUGCAAAGCCUCACCACUGAUAAACUCGAACCAUAUGCAACUUCCCUGUACAGUCCUGCCAGCGGAUCAGAUGUAUUCUCCAUGCGAAGACUUAUCGAUCAAGAACUUGAACCGAAUUCAUUUCUUACUACAGAUCCUUGUAGAGCAGAAGGUGCUUCCGAUUGCAAAACAGUGUUAAACCUUGCUCUCAUAAGAAACUCUGCUGCCUGUAAUCUUGUGUCAGAUACAUCAGCCAAAUACACUCUCAACAGACUACCAGAAAAAAAAUCAGGAGGUAGUACUUUGAUAUGCAAUAAUCCGAUUCCGCCUGCCGUGAAUCGUGUACCAAUUUCUAAUCCGAGUGUGACUGCGCCACUACAUUUUAUCACCAAACAAUCGACCAGUUCCAAAAAACCAAACAAAAAACCAACCAGUCCCGAAAAACUAACCACAUCGCGGUCUGUUCCUACCCAAACCUCUGUUCGAACUGAGUUGACCGCAGCUGCACCGGGCGGACCAAUUCACACUGCGCAAACAAGCAAUAGCACGAAGUCAACCAAUGGGUUCACCUGCGGAAGAUGCGGCAAGCUAUUUUUUGUCUACGUCGCUUUUAAAAAACAUCUAAGCAGCCAUAACAAGGAAGGCGAAUACCGAUGCAACUGGCCCGACUGCAGCAUUCUCGAAAAAAGCUGCGGACGCCUCUCACGCCACUAUCUGGAACAUUUGCCGGCGAAUGAUUUAUACUUGUGUGAAGUUUGCGGUAAAAUUUACAACAGCUGGCGUCUUUUCACCUCACACAAGCAAUCAGUGCACACGAAAGGUGAAUUUUGUUUCCGAAAAUAA